CACCGUAGUGGUGUCUGACGACAGAGUGGGUCAAUGCAACCUGUGCAUCAAACAUGGCCGGUAAAGGAGGAAAACAGAGUCGUUCUGGUCCAGGCAUUUCAGGUAGAAAAGGUGCAGGUGAGCAGGAAGAAGAGGAGCAGCCACUCCAGGCAGUUUUAGUCGCUGACAGCUUCAACCGGAGGUUUUUCCCGGUGACCAAAGACCAACCGAGGGCUCUGCUGCCUCUGGGUAAUGUGGCCAUGAUCGACUACACGCUGGAGUUCCUCACCUCCACUGGGGUGCAGGAAACAUUUGUCUUCUGCUGCUGGAUGGCCAGUGAAAUCAAGGACCACUUGCUGAAGUCAAAGUGGUGCCGACCCACCUCUCCAAACACAGUCCACAUUAUCACCUCAGAGCAGUACCGCUCCUUAGGAGAUGUGCUCAGGGAUGUCGAUGCCAAGUCUCUUGUCCGCUCUGAUUUUGUGUUGGUCUACGGCGAUGUGGUAUCGAAUAUCGACAUCAGUCAGGCGCUGCAAGAACACAGGCAUCGUAGAAAGGUGGAGAAAAAUAUCUCUGUGAUGACGAUUAUCUUCAAGGAGUCGUCACCCGGUCACAGGUCGCGCUGUGAGGAAGAUGAUGUCAUUGUCGCCAUGGACAGCAGAAGCCAGCGUGUUUUACACUACCAGAAAACACAUGGGCUUAAGAGGCUACAGUUCCCCAUGAACAUUUUCCACAGCAGCAGUGAUGAGUUUGAGGUUCGACACGACCUGCUGGACUGUCACAUCAGCAUCUGUUCCCCACAGGUUGCUGAGCUUUUCACUGACAAUUUCGACUACCAAACUAGGAAUGACUUUGUCCGCGGGAUGUUGGUCAAUGAAGAGAUUAUGGGAAACCAGAUACACAUGCAUACCACCAAGGACGGUUACGGCGUGCGAGUGUCAAACCUCCUCAUGUACGAUUCAGUAUCGUCAGACGUCGUGCGGCGGUGGGUCUACCCGCUCACCCCAGAGGCAAACUUUGUUGACCAAGAGGGGCGGAGCUGCACGUAUUCUCGCCACAACGUCUACCGAGGCUCCGGGGUCAGCCUGGGUCACGGCAGCCAGAUGGAGGAGAACGUCCUCAUUGGCUGCGACACCAGCAUCGGCGCAAACUGUUACAUCUCGAACAGUGUCAUCGGAAACAACUGCACCAUAGGUGACAAUGUCAAACUGGACCACGCCUACAUCUGGAGUAAUGUUCACAUUGCCAGCAACGUGGAGAUCAGCCAGUCUGUGGUGUGUGACAAGGUGGAGGUCAAAGAGGGCGUCAGACUGAAUAAACAGUGUGUCCUCGCUUAUAACGUGGUGAUUGGACCAAACAUCUCUCUACCUGAGGGCACUGUGGUGUCCAUGCACCACCCCGAGGAGGAAGAAGAGGAGGACGACGAUGAAUUCCUGAGUGAUGAUGCCGAGGUCGGUCACAGUAAAGACAAAACAAAACGGAAAGUGUUUAACCCCGCAGAGGUCGGAGCGGAGGGGAAAGGCUACAUCUGGAGGGCCAGCAGUCUGGAUGACACAGAAGAUGAAGAGCUGUCGCAGUGCCUGUGGGGUUUGGUGUUGAACCCCGACCCUGAGAGUGAAAGUGAGGACAGUGAGCCUGACGAUGCUGACGAUCCAGUGAUUCCCUCGCCUGAGAUGGAUGACGUUAAAGUCUUUCAGUUGGAGGUGUUGGGGACUCUGCAGAGAGGUGUGGAGGAAAACAUCGGCUUUGACAAUCUUGUUCUUGAGAUCAACUCUCUCAAGUACGCCUACAACAUCACUCUGAAGGAGGUGAUGCAGAUUCUAACCCGGGUGGCCUUGGAGUACCCUUUCCAGCAGCAGGGCCAACAGAUUACCACGUCACAAUACGUUACUCUGCUCCUACCUUUACUGAAGAAAUGGGCUCCGGUGUUUAAGAACUAUGUGAAGAGAGCUCAGGACCAGCUGGACUGUCUGUCUGCGUUUGAGGAACAUUUCCUGGAGCAGGAGAGUCACUGGGCAGCGAUGGUCAAGGUCCUGAUGAACAUGUACCAGCUGGAGAUCGUGGAGGAGGAGAUGAUCCUCCGCUGGUUCUCCCAGGGAGCCACAACAGACAAGAGCAGACAACUCCGCAAGAACCAGGGGCUUCAGAAAUUCAUCCAGUGGUUGGAGGAGGCUGAGGAGUCUUCAGAAGAGGAAGGGGAGUAAAUAGGGACAAUAAAGAAAAGAGAAGGACUCAUUACAUCUUGAGAACUGACAAAAACAAGGAUUAGGGUGGUUUGUUUACCCUAAACAUCAGCUUUCUGUCACUAAUGUCUGUAUUCCAUCACUACAUGCCCCCUCAUGUAAAGACUGUGUGAUCUGAACAUCAACACCCAAAAUAAAGCAUGAAGACCCUCACACUGAAA